AAUAAUUGUAUGACAAGUCUAACUCUUCAGAGAGUGUAGAGAUUUUGAAGAUCUUACUUGGUAUUGGCCCAUCCAGUGAGUUGUGAGCAAGAUUGAGUAUUUUGAGUCGAGUACAUCUUGCUAGACUUGCGGGUAUCCUUCCACUAAAGUUGUUGUGAUCCAAUUCCAGCAUACUCAACUGGACGAGAUUACCAGUAAUAUCUGGAAUUAGGCCUGAAAGCAUGUUCUGUGAAAGGGAUAGAUCAACCAAACUUUGUAAAUUCCCAAGUGUUGCUGGUAUAUUGCCAGUGAGACUGUUGUUACUCAUGUACAAGAUGUUGAGGCUCUUAAGGUUACCAAUCUCCGAUGGUAUAGGUCCAGAAAUGUUGUUGCUACUUAGCAGCAACCACUGAAGACUAUUGGAAAGAUUACCGAUUGAACUUGGCAGUUUCCCUUGGAGAUUGUUGCUAUCCAGCAUCAGUUUAGUUAACCUAGUACAAUGUGAGAGUGAAGAGACAAAUCCCCAAUCACCUGCCUCUAGGUUGUUGUGUGCCAAAUCAAGUUGCUCUAAAUUUGGCAAUGAACCGAAGAAUGGUAUGGAUCCAGUAAAGCUAUUAUGAUUCAGGUAAAGCAUGUAUAGGUGGUAAGCUUUGAUGAGGGAGGCUGGGAUUGGGCCAUCAAAAUUGUUCUUUGAGAGCAACAAGGCCUGAAUAUUCGGGAGCGUGUAGCCUAUGUCAAAUGGCAAUCUUCCGAUUAAUGAGUUUUCCGAUAAGGUAAGAAUUCUCAGGGAUGACAUGUUGAGGAGAGACAGUGGAAUUGGCCCAGAUAAGUUGUUUACGCUCAAGCUCAGUUUCUGCAGUGUUGGAAUGUAGCCUAAGCUCUCUGGGAUGCUCCCAACUAACUGAUUAUCUGUGAGACGAAGAUGAACUAGGGAGGAAAGGUUCCCUAAUGAGAAAGGUAUCCUUCCUGAAAGAUGGUUGUUCCUUAAAUCAAGAUAUUUAACAGGGGGGGAUGUGGCAGUAACAGGAGGUACUGAACCAACAAAACUGUUCUGUUGGAGGCAAAUGGCAAUAAGUGACGAGGUGGUGAAGAGAGCCUUGGGGAGUUCUCCAGUAAAAUUAUUUCCCAUGAGUCUAAGUACCUGAAGAGCUGAACUAUUUGCCAAGGACUUUGGGAUGACCCCUGUGAGAGCAUUCCUCCCAAGAUCGACGUACGUGAGGACAUGGCUGCUGCCCAGAGAUGGCGGCAUGUUGCCGGUGAGCCCGUUACUAGCGAGAACUAGUAUGCGCAGCUCAGGAAGAUUUCCAAAAGCAGAAGGGAUGCCCCCUUGGAGCUUGUUGUUGCUAAGGUUAAUCUCUUGAAGAUAUUUGCAUUGACUAAGGCUAGGUGGAAUCUCUCCAUGGAGGGAAUUGUUCCCCAAACCCAGGACCUGGAGCUGGGAACAUGCAGAGAGUUCAGACGGGAUGUUACCUUGCAAAGCGUUCAUGCUGAGGUUGAGGUCGGCGAGUUGGGUCAGGAGGCCGAGCUCGGACGGUAUGCCGCCGUGGAAGCUGUUGUUUGAUAGGUGGAGCCUCGCCAGCGAAGUGAGGUUGGCAAUGCAAGGCGACAUGGAGCCUGAUAUGCCUUGUGAUUCAAGGUCCAGUGCAAUGACACGCAAUGGCGGCAUUGCGCUGCACAUGACCCCACGCCAGUCGCAGAAUUCCCGGGAAGCGUCACUCCAUGAAGCCAAAACUCCGGGUGGUCCGGAGAGCUGGGACUUGAAGCAGAGCAGGGCCUGUCUAUCAUUUUGGGAUUCAUCGCAGAUGGCUAGUGGCAGGCUGCAAAAGAAGCUGAAGAGGCAAAGGAACCUAGCAAGGCCUGUGAACAAAGAUGCCAUUGCUGUGACUUGGAGCUACACUGCGUGAGACCAAACGUCGAUCUCCUUUGGAAGAAGAUGUCUACCCGUGGCGGUGGCGUCUAACUGUAGAUUGCAGAUUUAAGUAAGCAGUACGCAUAUGUGCAGUUCUUUCGGGGAAAGAAGAGCAUAUGCUGGGUGCAGUCAAAUCAACAUACGUUUCCAUGGGAAAUGGGACGUUGACAUCCAUCAUCCAUGAACGCAUGCUCUGCUUUGGGAUUGGUACGAGUUGAUUUUGCUGGAGCCAGUCGUUGAUCUGAUCCACUUGUACGUACGAGUUGAUUCCUUGCUAGGUACUAUGGUAUAUGGAAUCCUCGCAACUGAGACUGGCAGACCUGCGUACGGACUUUGUAGGAUAUUUGACACUUGAGGGUGUUGAUCACGAUCCUUUUGCGGCUCGGCUCUGACCUGGAGCACAAUAGCUGCCUCAAGUCUUCGCAUGGUGGUGGUGGUGGUAGCCAGUGAGAAAUGGCACUUGCUCCGGGCUGGUCUCCGUCUCUGCGCUCCCUGGUGUGGCUCAUGUCGCACAGAAAUCCACAUCUGAGCUCUUUCUCCUCUACCGCCGCCGCGGCCGCCAUACAGCCGGCGGCUCCAGGAACUGCCAUUCCAGCUGUUCGUGCCGUUCAGCCUCCAGCCGCUCCAGAUUCGAGUUGUAGCCGGUCCGUUGCCCCGGAGCAAAAGGUUCUUCACCCACUUCCAUCCAGCACACCUAAAAUUCCAAUCCACAAGCCUUCUCGUCGUCCCACCAGCAAACAUCCUAAGAACAUGAUUCAUCCUAGUAGAGAACCUCAACUUGUAACCAACACGCCGCAGAUGCGCAGCCUCGAAAGCCCCACGCACCUGAUUCCUGGUGGUUCAUGCAGCGCACUUCAGUCUCUGACCGACAAGCGUUUGCCGGCAAAACGUGGUGAUUACAAAGAUCCCAAAAGCCCCAGGUUUAGCUCUUCCAGCCACUUCCCUGACCAGCCGACUCCUGAACCUAUCGGCGAGUCUUUGACGCCCACCCUGCAAGAUCCUCCACACUCGGUCCCUGGUGAAUCGUGCAGCACACUUCAACCUGUAACCUGCAAGCCUUCGCUGAAAGCAGAUCCCGAUCACGAAGCCGGCGGCGAAAAUUCUGAUGUUCAAGUUCCCAGAAUUCCAAAGAUUAGCCCUAUCCCCAAGGAUAGCACUUUCCAUGAUCCGCCACACCCACCUGCUGACCCAUAGUUCCCCAAGGACAAGGGCGAGGUGCGACAACCAUGUAAUCUCACUACUGUCAUACUGUGAGUGAUAUUUGUAAUGUUCAUAUCAACUUUAUCAAAUUACAAAUAAAGGUGUGCGUUAGAUUUUUGGGUUCAAA